AGGAGGGGUGAUCUCCUAACAAACAGCUGUUGCAGCUGCAGAGCCGAAAAAGGAGAAAGCUCAGGAGCAACAGCAGCAAUCCGACCCCUGCAACAGCUUUACCAUGAACAUGUACCUGUUUUUGUAUGACUUAAUGCAAUUCUGUGGACAUUCUUGGAUAUUUACAAAUAUGAUCAUCAGGUUCAUGACAUUUGGAAAAGAGUCACUGGCUGACACGUUUCACUCCAUAGGAUUUGUAAUGCGCCUUUGCCAGUUGUUAUCCGUAUUGGAGAUCCUACACAUCCUCAUCGGCAUUGACAAAAGCCGUCUCCUCCCCAGGUUUUUGCAGAUCACGGAGAGAAUAAUUGUUCUAUUUGUCGUGAUCAACAGCCAGGAAGAAGUUCAAGGGAAAUAUGUUGUCUGUGUUUUAUUCUUCCUUUGGAACUUAUUAGAUGUGGUCAGAUACACUUACAACAUGUUGGCAAGGAUGGGCAUAUACUACCUACCACUAACAUGGCUCAACUUCUCACUGUGCAUCCCACUUUAUCCCCUUUCAGUUCUGGCUAAAGGAUUUGCAAUUUGUGUAUCACUGCCUUAUUUUGAAUCCUUUGGCACAUACUCCAUCAAGCUACCAUUUCCAUUCACCUUCUCAAUCUACUUCCCCUAUGUUCUGAAAAUGUACCUGCUAGUGCUCUUUGCAGGUAUGUGCUUUAUCAUCCGCAACCUCUUCUCCGAGAGAACAGCACACCUAGGGACAGGCAACAUCAAAAAUAAAAGAAGCUAAGUUGAUAUUUUGUUUGGAGGGACAGAAUAUCUUACUAGGGGAUUGCUGCACCUCAUAGCUAAAAACAAACCGGACGAAGAUUUCUCAAUGCAAAACUCCUUUGUAUGAAUGUUAUCUGGCUGUGUAGAAUUUUCAGAAAAGGCAGAUCUUUUGAGUGCACCUCAGAAAAAGAACAGCUUUUGAAAACUUUUGAAUGUUUUGACUUCAAGUGCUUAGGGUUUUUAAAAUUAGUUUUUUCUAACAUAUGUUAUAGAAUUCUGAAAAAAUUGAAGAGUGCUGCAACUUACAGCCACACCCUUAUUUGACUGUUAAUUCUUAUCCCAUUAGCUACAGAUAUUUUGUAAUGACAAUAUAAUUUAAUUUGUAAGACUACUUUAUACUAGGUCAACGUGUAUGUACCUCACAUAUAAAUGCUAAAUUGGCUGGAACUAGUAUCUCUAAAGUAGCAGAAGUCAGACCCCUUGCAACAUAGAGACUAACAUGCGGAUUAACCCAGGUAUUCACUAAGGAUCCUUCACAAUCAGGCCCCAUCCUUCAGUUAUCUAAAGAAGGUUCAAGAAAAUGCAGAAAGGCAAAUGUUAAGGUACUCAUGUACUAUAUAUUCAAAGGAAUAUUUAAGCGCCAGAAAGAAACACUUAUGUGUUUAGCAUGUCAGUCUCUUCCCCCACAAUGAUUUUCUUUCAUACUGAACAGUAGACAGAUACAUGCAAAAGAAGUGUGAUGUAGUCAGGUCAAAUAAUAUGUUGUUCCUAAAAGGGAACUGAAUGACUAUCAAAAGCCAUGUGCAAAAUUCUAGGCACUUUUCUCAACUGUAUUGCUCCUCAUACUUCUCUAGGAUAAUCUGUGAAAAUGCAGCUAGGUCAUAGGCUUUUCAAAGGUUGGGAAUGAGGAAUAUACACAGCAACCCAGUGGAUUAUACAGGCAAAAAUAGCCAAAUAAUUCCUUAGAGGCUGGCAGGAGCUUUCCUGAUGUUUCAACUGUAUUGAUUAUCACCUACAUUUCAAUUGAAGCAUGUGGGGGAGAAAGUGAGUGAGACUGGUUGUUUUUUUUUUUUUUUAGCUGACUGAAAACUGUGGGAAGGGAGCCUAGAUAAUAGGAGUAGGAGAGAAGGUAAGAUUUAAAGGGAAACUAAACACUGUUACAAUAUGAAGAGGCUUUCGCCUGUAUGACUUUUCCAACUAUGCAGCCUAAGAGGUCAUAUAAGGAAACAGUGAAACUAAACUAAUGUGUUAUGAAAGGUCACCUACUAUAAUUUUUAUUUAAUACAUGUGGCAGACAACGUGUGCAGACUAUUUUGACCACUGAGUAUUUGCAGACCAUAAGCAACAAGAUCACACAUAGAAUAGUAUAGUGUCAACCCUGGAUUUGUUUUUUUCAAACCACUGCAAAUUUGGAACUGAGUAGAGAAACAGGAGUGCUUGCACUUUGGGUUUCUGUCUGACUCAAACUAAUUCAACUGUGAACAAGUGUGAAGAAUCAUAUAGAGCCACUGAAUAAGAUGACAGUUUUGAGGACAGCCAGAGUAGUCCACAUGAAACCACUAUAUAACUUGCAAAAGUUGAAACAUGAAAUGUUUUUUCCUUGGAAAUUCAAUCCAACAUGCCAGAAACAGCUGGUUCCAGCCAGUUGCAAAAUUGAGCUGCUGAAGGACACUGCUGAGCCAGACAGCAAAGAUGAUGGCAUGGCAUCUCUCUGAAAACUUAAGGUAAGAAAUGUUAUGCAACAGCUGCAAGAAAGAAGAGUAAGAAAAAUGUAAGAGAAACACCCUGUAGACAUCAAGGUGAAUGGAGAAAGGGAGGAAGAGCUGCUCCAGGUACUGCAGCAGAUUCCCCUGCAUGCCAUGAAGAAGACCAUGGUGGACUAGGUUAUCCUGCAACCCACAGAGAAACACACCAGACAAGAUAUCCACAUGGCAGCCAGUGGAGGACCCCAGGCUGAAGCAGGUGGCUGUGCCCUGAGGGAAGCUGCAGCCCAUGGAGAGCCCACACAAGCAAAGCAGGAAUGUGGCCCAUUAGGGGCCACGCUGAGACAGCUUUUUCCUAGUGGACCUUUCCCAUGGAAAGGACCUAUGCUAGAGCAGUGCUUGAAGAGCUGCAGUUUGUGAGAAGAAAUUAUGACGGACUGUAUCCCAUGGGAGGGACCCCAUGCUAGAGCAGAGCAACAGUAUGAAGACAAACAAGCAGCAGAGAUUAAGGUUUAUUACCUAAGUGCAACCCCCAUACCCACCUUGUACUGCUUGGGGAAGUAGGAGGUAGAAAACACAGGAAUGAAGGAGUAAAGUGAGCCUAGGAAGAAGGGAGGCAUAGGGGAAGGAAUUUUAGUUUUGCCUUUUUUCUUUCCAUCCUACUCUAUUUUCA